AUGAACGGUCCUCUUCCCUCCAGGAGAGCCUUUCUCUCCGACCUCGCCGCUCUCCCCGCCGACUGCAAGGUCCGUUUCCUGGGCUGUGUAAGAACUUAUUCCGUUUCCACAGGCCAUUUAAUACUAGAGCAUAAUUAUCCCCGGCGGAAAUCAAUCUCUGAUUUACCAACCAUAUCGGUUGAUAUCAACGCAGUCCUAGAGACGGUCACGUCGGAGGAGCUGCGCGUGGGCGCAUGGGUCAAUGUGCUCGGCUACGUGAGACGUUCAAUGAAUGCCGGUGAGACCGUCUACAUCGAGGCGGUCAUGGUCUUUGCCGCCGGUGCAAUCGCACUUGGAGAAUACGAAAGGAUUCUUCAUGAAUCGAUGGAGGUCGAGCGGAGAGUCCAACGACCAGUCUGA